AUGGGCCAAACGCUCUCGACCAUGACAGUGGCCUCGCCUUCGGGACCCGGUUCCGCCCAAAACGUCUUAAACCGACUUUUCUUCGCUAGUGGCCCCUUGCGCUCCGCGACAUCGUCUACAUUGACCCGUGCUUCCACCCGCUCGUCUACUGUUGUUCCCCCAGCCGCUGUUCUCACGGCGACUACUAAUAAUCGCCGCCCUCGACCCUCAAUCCCCAGGCUCUCCUAUUCAUCCUUCUUUCCGUUCUCAUCACCCCAUCUCUCAUUGUCUAUGUCCAUGGCGUCUUCGUCUCCUCAUAGUACCGCCAGCUCUGAAAUUGCCACACCUCGCUCUAGAUCAUCAACAACAUCAUCCCCACGAAGACUUACAGAUUCCAAUCCAAUGUCCCCCGUCGACCUUUCCAAGAUCGAACAGCAAAUCAAGAUGGCCGCCCUUGAUCAACACCGUGGCUACGUCCAAGACCACUAUGCCGAGGUCAAGCAGGACCGAACACCUGAAUAUGUCGACGAGUCCAAUGCUGCCGGCUACCAGAUUGUCCGAGAACCUCUCUGGAACAAGGGACUUGCCUUCACACCCGAGGAACGCGCUUCCAAGAACCUCACUGGUCUCCUCCCCCACACCAUGGAGAGCUUCGAGACCCAGUGCGCCCGAGCCAUGAAGAUGAUUCAGACUCGCCAGACACCUAUCGACAAGUACCUUUACCUGUCCACUCUCAAGGACCAAAAUACCGACCUUUUCUAUCGUCUCCUCAUCGACAACAUCCGCGAGCUCAUGCCCCUCGUCUAUACCCCCACAAUCGGUGAUGUCUGCUUGCAAUACUCUAGCAUUUACACUCGCCCUGAGGCUCUGUACAUCUCUAUCAAGCAGCGAAAGUCCAUUCGUGCUAUGCUCCGAAACUGGCCUUGCCAGGAUCCUGAGAUUUGUGUCGUCACCGAUGGCUCUCGCAUUCUUGGUCUGGGUGAUCUCGGUAUCAACGGUGUCGGCAUCUCUAUCGGAAAGCUUGCUCUUUACACCGGCGCUGCUGGUAUCCACCCCUCCAAGACCCUUCCCAUUGUCCUUGACUGCGGUACCAACAACGAGGAGAACCUGAAGGACCCCUUCUACCUGGGUCUGCGACAAAAGCGACCUUCAUACCCUGAGCAGCAGGCUUUCAUGGAUGAGUUCAUGGAAGCUGCCCGUGAGGUUUUCCCCAGCAUGGUUGUCCAAUUCGAGGACUUCGACAGUGAGAAGGCCUUUGGUUAUCUCGACCGUUACCGAAACCAAUAUCGAUGCUUCAACGACGAUAUCCAGGGAACUGGUGCCGUCGUGUUGGGUGGAUACAUUGGUGCUGUUGAGCAGUCUGGUGUUCCUAUCGAGGAACAGCGACUUGUCUUUAUGGGCGCUGGUUCUGCUGGUGUCGGUGUUGCGAAACAGCUCGUUGAGUACUAUACACGCCGUGGAUUGAGCGAGGCUGCUGCCCGCGACAAGUUCUGGCUCGUCGAUACCAAGGGUCUUGUUACUAAAGACCGUGGUGAUCGCCUGGCUGAGCACAAGAAGUACUUCGCGCGAACUGACAACAAUGGUCAGCAGUACCGUACUCUUGAGGAAGUCAUCGAGUAUGUCAAGCCCAGUGCCCUGGUUGGUCUGACUGCGACCUUCGGCGUCUUCACCGAGCCUGUUGUCCGAGCUCUCAAGCACUCUGUUCAGGAGGGUGGUCUUGAGCGCCGUCCUAUUCUCUUCCCUCUCAGCAACCCUCUCACAAAGGCUGAGUGCACCUUUGAGCAGGCUAUUGAGUGGACCGAGGGCACUGUCCUCUUCGCUUCUGGCUCUCCCUUCAACCCCGUCAAGGCCAAGUUUGGUGACGAAACUCACCACACGGUCUACCACCCCAACCAAGGUAACAAUGUUUACAUUUUCCCUGGUCUGGGUCUCGGUGCAAUCCUGGCCAAGGCUUCUCGUGUUACCGACGAGAUGGUUUACACCUCUGCCGCUGCUCUGGCCGGUUCCCUAAAUGCCGAUGAGGUUCAUAAGGGCCUCAUAUACCCCCGCAUUGAGCGUGUCCGUGAUGCUAGUGUCAUUGUCGCUCGUGAGGUCAUGAAGGCUGCUCGACGUGGUGGUGUCUCUGAGCUUCCUGAGUCCCAAUGGGCCGAGUGGGAGGAGUGGGGUGAUGUUGCCCUGACCACAUACAUCAAGCAGCGCAUCUAUAACCCCCUCUGCUUUGCUGAUGCUAAGACGCAUCUGUAA